GUGGAUGCUCUGAUUGGCCGCGCCAGCAUCGGCCCACCCAGCUGUUCCGGUCGGCCGAGGCUGGCGCCUGCGCAGUGCGCUAAGCUGUCAGUCAAGGAAGGCGCUCGCGAGCCGGGCGGCGGAGAGUGCGUGCGGUGGUGCUGUCAUGACUGAGGGCACGUGUCUGCGGCGUCGAGGGGGACCCUACAAAACCGAGCCGGCCACGGACCUCACCCGCUGGCGGCUCCGCAAUGAGCUGGGUCGGCAGACGUGGACGUAUUUCCAAGCGGAGGACGACCCUGGUCGAGAGCAGACCGGGUUAGAAGCCCACUCUUUGGGACUGGACACAAAGAAUUAUUUCAAAGACUUACCUAAAGCUCAAACAGCCCAUGAGGGGGCCCUGAAUGGAGUAACAUUUUAUGCCAAGCUGCAAGCUGAGGAUGGACACUGGGCGGGUGAUUAUGGUGGUCCACUCUUCCUCUUACCAGGUCUCCUGAUUACAUGUCAUGUGUCACACAUCCCUCUGCCAGCUGGAUACAGAGAGGAGAUGGUACGGUACCUGCGGUCAGUGCAGCUCCCCGAUGGCGGCUGGGGCCUGCAUAUUGAGGACAAGUCCUCAGUGUUUGGGACCGCCCUGAACUAUGUGGCUCUCAGAAUCUUGGGUAUUGGGCCUGAUGAUCCUGACCUUGUACGUGCUCGAAACAUUCUUCACAAAAAAGGCGGUGCGGUGGCCAUCCCCUCCUGGGGGAAGUUCUGGCUGGCCAUCCUGAAUGUUUAUAGCUGGGAAGGACUCAAUACCCUAUUUCCUGAGAUGUGGUUGUUUCCUGAGUGGGUACCUGCCCACCCCUCCACCCUCUGGUGUCACUGUCGGCAGGUCUACCUGCCCAUGAGCUACUGCUACGCCACUAGGCUAAGUGCCUUAGAGGACCCACUGGUUCAGAGCCUCCGCCAGGAGCUCUAUGUGGAGGAUUAUGCCAGCAUCGAUUGGCCAGCACAGAGGAACAACGUGUGCCCCGAUGAGCUGUACACGCCACACAGCUGGCUGCUGCAUGUGGUGUAUGGGAUCCUCAACCUGUAUGAGCGUUUCCACAGUACCAGCCUGCGGCAGCGGGCCAUCAAAAUGCUGUAUGAACAUAUUGCCGCCGAUGACCGGUUCACUAAGAGCAUCAGCAUUGGCCCGAUCUCAAAAACCAUCAACAUGCUUGUUCGUUGGUCAGUGGAUGGGCCAUCCUCCUCUGCCUUCCAGGAGCACGUCUCUAGGAUCCCAGAUUACCUUUGGCUGGGCCUUGAUGGCAUGAAAAUGCAGGGCACCAAUGGGUCACAGAUCUGGGACACCUCGUUUGCUAUCCAAGCACUGUUGGAGGCAGGUGCACACCACAGACCUGAAUUUCUACCCUGCCUGCAGAAGGCUCACGAAUUCCUGCGGCUUUCACAGGUCCCAGACAACCUUCCUGACUAUCAGAAGUAUUACCGCCAGAUGCACAAGGGUGGUUUCUGCUUCAGCACCCUGGACUGUGGCUGGAUCGUUGCUGAUUGCACAGCCGAGGCUUUGAAGGCUGUGCUACUCCUGCAGAAGCAGUGCCCCUCAAUCACUGAUCACAUCCCCCGCGAGCGGCUCUGUGAUGCUGUGGCUGUGUUGUUGGAGAUGAGGAAUUCUGAUGGAGGAUUUGCUACCUACGAGACCAAGCGUGGGGGGCAUUUGCUGGAGUUGCUGAACCCCUCAGAGGUCUUCGGUGAGUGGUUGACUAGCAGCUUGGUGUAUAGGCCAGGCCUGGCAUGCUGGCAGGUCCAUGCAGAGCCCUCUGUGAGCCUCAGAGUAUGGAGCUGGGGAAGGCAUUUUGUCUGCAGUGUUCACUGGGCUAACUUCCUGUAUUGCAGGGAGACCCUCAAGCAAGGCCUGGAGUUCUGCCGAAAGAUACAGAGAUCUGACGGCUCCUGGGAGGGCUCCUGGGGAGUUUGUUUCACCUAUGGCACCUGGUUUGGCCUGGAAGCUUUCGCUUGCAUGGGGCAUACCUACCAAGAUGGGACUGCUUGUGCAGAAGUGUCUCAGGCCUGCAACUUCCUUCUGUCCCAGCAGAUGGCAGAUGGAGGUUGGGGAGAAGACUUUGAGUCCUGUGAACAACGGCGUUACGUGCAGAGUGCCAGGUCCCAGGUCCACAGUACGUGCUGGGCCCUGAUGGGCUUGAUGGCUGUCAGGCAUCCCGACAUCAGUGCUCAGGAGAGAGGAAUCAGAUGUCUGCUGGAGAAACAGCUCUCCAAUGGAGACUGGCCUCAGGAGAACAUCUCUGGGGUCUUCAACAAGUCCUGUGCCAUCAGCUACACAAGUUAUAGGAACGUCUUCCCCAUCUGGGCCCUGGGCCGCUUCUCCAACCUGUACCCUGACAAUACCCUUGCCGGCCACCCUUGAACUCAUGUCUGCCUGUGCUACAGCUGGCCAGCAUCAUCACCAUACAGGUCCAGGCGAGACUGGGGGUUCUUACCCCCGCUCUAGGCCUUCUUCUCUAUUUCUGUAGACCUGAGGCUGGGACUAGGGUCGGGGUUGGUAUCUUUAGGCACUUGUCAGUGUAGGCUUAGUUCUGAGACUAGCUUCAGCGGGAAAGGGAACCAGAUAAACCUUGAAAUCCAGAGGGGCACACUGCACUCUGCAGCUCCCGGGCACAUCCUUCUUGAGGGACUGAGGCUGGAGAGUUUUCGUGUCCGGUGACUUCCCCGUGAGGGGAGCAGUGGCUUCUUCCCUCCUCUUUUGUCUACUGUGUAGCGGGCCUCUGACCAGACUUCUGUUUGCUGGGCUGGCGGAGGUAGGGCGACUCUAUGGUGCUGGUAUGCUCAGAGAAAGGCUCAGUGGGGAGUGAGGCGGAGCCCUUGUUCACUGUGCCCCGAGCGUGGCUGUUACCUGAUCACUGUAUGAAAUACCUGUUUUCCAGAAAGGAAAUACAGACUCGCUUUAUACUAAAACUGUCACUAAAAGUCAUUUAAAUGAUCACCGACUCCCUUAAUAAACAGACAUUUUGGGGCUGGAACAGUGGCCCAGCAGUAAAAAACAUGGACUGCUCUUUCAGAGGACCUGGGUUUGAUUCCCAGCACCCACUUGGUGGCUAACAACCUUCUAUAACUCAAGUUCCCAGGGGACCCAAUGCCUUCUUCUGGCCUCUGUGGGCACUGCAUACAUGGUGCAUAAACAUGGAUGCAGGACUAACACCCAUACACAUAAAAUAAAAUAAAUCUCUAAAAUAAACUAUUAAAAACAAAGCAAAAACAAAACCCCCAGGCAUUUUGUCCUGUGGCUGUGUGACAAGGAGCCAGAUGCAGCGUCCGAUUCUGCCCCUAGAUUGUGAGCCCAUACACAUUGUGUUGGUUUCUGGGAUAUCAGCAUCCUGCUCUCCUGUCAUCUUGUUGAGAUAGAGAGGCACAUGCGGGAAGCCACACAUAAGGGUGAGCUCUCAGUUGCUGAUUUCUAACUGUGUGUCUGUCCAACAUGCAGGCAGAGUUCGGGGCUGAUAAGGUAGUAGCUUCUCCUUGAAGUUACUGCUUUUCUUCCUGGCCAUGGUGAGCAGGGUCCAGCCUGGUGCCUUCUCAGUCUAAUGCUCCCUACCUCUCUUACAUUCUGGACUGGUGGUAACUCCAGCCUCUCCCUGGCCCAUGGUCUUUCCUCAGACAAGUGGAAAGCUGUAUCUGAUCCCCUUUCCCUGCCCAGGACCCUCUAGGCCUGCCUUCUGCCAUGGUGCAGAUUCCCUGAGGCUUUCUGUCAUCUGCCGCCUGUCCAACUCCCACCACUGUCACCUUGUGCCGUGACCCCCAGGACUCCCCUCCCUUAGAUCGUAACCUGUGCUAUAACUGCACAGUUCUCAGCCUCUGCCAGCAGCAGAGCAGAUAGAUGGUGAAUUACUAGGUCUGUCCCCAGCAGCAGCAACUGCCCUUGGAAUUCCCAGUCAGGACCAGAUCACUAUAGAAAAUACACUGGCACUCACAGGGCCAAUUCCCUUAAUAAACAGACUUCUGAUAACACA